CAGGCAGCAGAGAGACGUACAUGGGAGGCUGGGAGCCGAUCUCUCUAUAUAUGAGCAGGAGGGGAUGGACUGGCGAGCACUCGGGGGGGACACGCUUUUUGCAUCCCACUAGGAACAAGUAGCUCCGAGCAUUCCAGUCCUGCUGUCAGAAGGGCUAUGGGGAAAGAUUACUAUUCGAUUUUGGGCAUCGAGAAGGGGGCUUCGGAGGAGGACAUCAAGAAAGCUUACAGAAAGCAAGCUCUGAAGUGGCACCCGGACAAGAACAAGUCCGCCCAUGCAGAAGAGAAGUUCAAGGAGGUAGCAGAAGCCUAUGAAGUGCUGAGCGACCCCAAGAAGAGGGAGAUCUACGAUCAGUACGGGGAGGAGGGGCUUAAAGGAGGACCUGGAACACAAAACGGACAUGGAGGAAACUUCCACUACACGUUCCACGGAGAUCCACAUGCCACCUUUGCUGCAUUUUUUGGUGGAGCAAACCCAUUUGAAAUGUUCUUCGGAAGAAGGAUGCCCGGAGGCCGAGACGAGGAGGACAUGGAGUUGGACGGCGAUCCCUUUAGCUCAUUUUCUAGCUUUGGCAUGAAUGGGUUUCCAAGGGAAAAGAAUCAAGUCGGUCAAAUCCGGCGUAAACAGGACCCACCGAUUAUUCACGAGCUAAAGGUAUCUUUGGAAGAGAUUUACCACGGAGGCACCAAAAGGAUGAGGAUCUCCAGGAAGAGGAUGAAUCCCGAUGGAAGAUCAGUACGGACUGAGGAUAAGAUCCUUACAAUCGAGAUAAAGAAAGGAUGGAAAGAAGGCACCAAAAUCACAUUCCCCAAGGAGGGAGACGAGGCACCCAUGACCAUUCCUGCCGAUGUCGUUUUUGUUAUUAAGGACAAGCCUCAUGCACAUUUUAAGAGAGAUGGUUCAAACAUCGUGUGUCCUGUUCAGAUCAGCCUACGAGAGGCUUUGUGCGGCUCUUCAAUCACGGUGCCCACCUUAGACACUAGGAACAUCCCCAUGACAAUAAAUGAAGUCAUUAAACCUGGAAUGAGACGAAGGAUUAUUGGGUACGGACUCCCUCUUCCAAAAAACCCAGAUCAACGUGGAGACCUUCUGGUUGAGUUUGAGGUCAUUUUCCCGGACAGCAUUCCACAGUCGUCAAAGGAGAUCCUGAAGCGGCACCUGCCCGUGUCCUAGAGGCCGGGGGAGAUGAGAAGACAGUAUAAGCACAUUCAUACGGCCUAGGAAGGUCUCCAGACAAAGGACAAGAUCGUAAACCGUGUGCCCAGCAGUAUUACACACCACUCCAGUGUAUGGGGGGCUGCAUAUGUUCAGUAUUAUAAUUCUAAGCCAUUUUUUGGUUUCACAGGCUUACUAAUGAUGAGUGUUUACUAUACAAGCAUUUCUUUUAUUAUAGAGCUGAUCAUUUUAUUCAGGAAGCUUCGACAGCAUAUUAAUGAUGCAGUAGUGUUAGUUCUCACGUAUUAGACACGGGCGGUAUAUUCAGCAUUGGACUUCAACCCUUACAGUGUUGCUGAGGUGUUACAUGAGUUUUAUAGUUUUUAAAUCAAAUUUUGCCCCUACCCCCCUCAAACGUAAUCCUAUUUUCCAAGACUUUUAUACUGAUGACCUAUGCUCUGGAUAGGUCAUCGGUAUCUGAUCAGUGGUCCGACACCCGGGACCCCCAUCAAUCAGCUGAUUAAGAAGACACCGGCGCUCGCAGCUUAGCCAAGGUCAUGGGUCACAUCUGAUUGAAGUGAAUGGGUCUGAGCUGCGAUACCAAGCACGGCCACCAUGCAAUGUAUGGCGCUGUGCUUGGUAUGCUCUGAGGACACCGCAGUGCACUGCAGCUCUUUCAGCAGGGGUGCAUGGAGUCUUACCCCCACCGAUCUCAUACUGAUGACCUAUCCCUUAGCUGACAAUGAAGUAAAAUAACAAACAGUCCUGUGCUGACACCUCCCUGGUUCGCUAUGUGACCAUUGCAGCCAAUUACCGGCUCCAGCAGUCACCUCGGUGGCAUAGACACAUCUCUACAGUGAUGUUGUCACGUCGUCUCACCACUGAGGCAUAAACAAGCGUCAGCUCGGGAGUGACAGAAAGGUGAGUAUACUGCUCUUUUAUUUUAUACCUCUGCCAAUUGUUUGUAAUAAAUAAAUAAAUAAAAUUAAAAUAAAUAAA